UCUAAAGAACACGCACACAUAUAACGAGAAAAAGGUAUCCAAGAGCCCGAAGAGGUACACCUAAAAACCCCUGCAGCACCGUAUGCGUGCCCAAAAACUGAACUGCACGUCCGUCCCACCGUUCGACUACAGUAGCAUCACCCCCUCCAUGUCCCACUCUAUACCAAAACGGAAGAUUGCCGACUACAUACAGCAUAUUGCUGUCUGAAGUUCUGUCUUGAAAAUAACGACACUAGCUAAGAAUCGUUCCACAUUGAAGGGGUCUUCCACGAUCAGGCACAUAACCAAUGCACCCGGGUUUGUACCUGCGAUCGCAGAAAAGGAGCAGAGGUGAUUUUUUCGGCCCUGCUCCCGACCUGCGAUCGCAGGACGACCGUGUUGAACCGAAACCCAGGAGGGUAAAGAUUCAGCUCGAUGACGACGACAACGACGACGACGGCGAUGGUGAUGGCGACGAGAAUGGGCCCGGCCGAAAUAUUCUUGGAAGGACCCCACCCACAGCCUCGGUAGAAGAAGGGCUCACAGACGAAAAAGCGCCAUUGCACAAUGUUUCGAAUGCAACAUCAAACGCAGCAAGAGAUCAUGGGCAUGAUGACGAGAAGACGACGGAUACACCUGCGCCGAACCGACCUGAGUACCAGACGCCGGUGAUGGCGGCGGUGACGGUGUUGCAGAGAAGGGAAGGUUUCGCCUACAACUUCCACAGCGAGUGGUCCCCACGACGGCGAUGAGCUUCUUUCGGAAAGGAGAAGUCACAGUCAGAGCUACGCUGGCAACUUCGGAGUAGACAAAUUACGCAAGAUACGUAUCAACGGAUCGUCAACGGUGGUGUUGCAUUAGUGUAAACGGCAUCGAGAGCUGUAGUUGGUAGC